GUUUUAACUGCUACCUAGGGUGGCUGAGGAUUUCUCCUCUACCUUCCAAUCCGAGGUUCCUGCCUCCAGCAGAAAAUGGAAAGAAGCAAGUCCUUUUCUCAGCUUCCUUUUGACUCCCAGGGUGGAGUCAUUCUGACUUAGGCUCUCAACUGGGGAUUCAGUCCCAGAAGAAGCAAAAUGUGUUUGAGGAACACCUUGAGAAUUAAUGUUGAAAGAAGGGAAAAAAACUGAUUUUGAUGGGGGUCAUGUUUGUCAGGUGCUAGACAAGAUCCAUCAUAAUUAUUUAUCUUUUAAAACAGCCCUUAGCCUUCGGAGAAACUAAUAAUCUCCCCCCAACCCCCUCCAGUCCUCCCAUUUCUAAACCAGUGUGAGAAAUGGAGGCUCAGAAAGGUUAGCGUGCUCAAGGUCACAUGGCUGAAAGAUGGAGCCCAGAUUCUAAUGCAGGAUUCUCAGAUUCCAAAGUCUCUACUUCCACAUAUUUGAUGGUGUAUAUAGUUUUUAAGAAAAUAAUGAAAGCUAUGCUGAAGGUAAAGUAGGGAGCAGAAAUAUGAGCAUUCAAUGAUUCCCCUACUUUCUAAUUAAAGGAUUGCUUCUGAUACCCCCAGAAAGCAAUGACUAUAUACCACAGAAAGUCUACAUUAGCGUAUGGGGGUGUGGUUGAGUUGGCUAUAAUAAGACUUUUUUUCAUAAUUCUCAAGUCAUAUUGGUUAUCUAUGAUUUCAUUCCAUCUCAACAGUCCUGUGAGGCUGUUGGGAACCAAUGUCCUCACUUUGCACCUGAAAAACUGUGCCUCAGAGGAGGGUAGGACUUGGCCAAAGGCCUUCAGCUACACUGGCUGUGGGCCUCAUGGGCCCACCCUGAGGGCAUCUUUCCCUGCAGCUCCCUGCCAGGUUGGAGACGCUGACCUUCUUUGCUUACAAGCCCAGGUGAGCUCAAGCGAGCUCUGACUCAUAAGGGUUAAGCCACACAAACUCUUUUAUGAGUGGUAACCACUUAAUGUGCCCUGUAAAAAAGGGCCCCUCACCAUGCUGGCUGCUUUCUCUUGGAAAGGGGUUGCCGGCAGGGAGCCAUGCUGUGCACAGGUCAUCCUCUGGUGGGAGGAUGGCGAUGGGGCAACUGCCACCCUGUUGUCUUAAAGGCAUCUCUGGGGGUUGGGAGAAGUUCUGGAUGCUUCCAGAAGGUCAUGGUAGAAAAUGAUGUCGGCCCUGAGGAGAGGGGCUCAUGGGCAUUUGGCCACAGGUAGAGAACUGGUCUAUACUGUUCUGCAAUAUUUAUUAAAUUCUUUUUUUUCACUACUUGCUAAGCUCUCUACAUGCACGACCUCAUUUGAUUCAUACAACCUAUUGAGUUUGGGGUUGUUCCCAUUUAUCAGGUACGGAAAGCGAGGAUCAGAAUGUGUUUGGCUAGACAGACUUGGCACUGUCUCAGGUCACCCGCAGUAACCCGGGGAACUGGAAUGUGAGCCUGUAUCUCCCCAGCUCCAAAGCCUGGGCGCUCAGUCUCCACGUCACCCUGCUUUCUGUUUAUCAGGAAGCAUAGUUGCCCCAGGCAGGUGCUGCCACUGAAAUGACCACUUUGAAACAACCCUGCAGGCAAAUCCUUGUGAAACAAUUUUAGAGAAGCCUUUCCCUGCCUGUCCUCCCUAAGCCUGGAAGGCCAGUCUCUUCGUGUAAAUGGUCGGGGCUCUGAGCUUCAGCCCUUUCAGGGUUAAACAGUAACCUUUCCACACUGCUUGUGGUUGAGCAAAUGCUAGCAAGGAACAAGCCCAGCCUUGAGCAAACAAGAGACUGUGCCCUGUGUCCCCCCUCCUUCCCCCAGCCAUCCCCUCUGGGGACUUAGAGAUUUUCUUUCGCCUUGAAGUUCCCAGUCUGAUUUCUUAGCUUUAGGGCAAUUGCUCUACAAAGCUGGAUGGGAAAAUGCCCAGUUAUUGUGAAAAAGAAAGGUUUGACUUGAGUUUGUUUUCUUUGAGAAUCAAAGAAGUUUUCAGAAAGGGAACUUACGAAUCAGUAGAGUCACCGUCUUUACAUUUUCAAGUGGGGAAACUGAGGCCCAGCGUGAUUUCUGGUUCAGGUUGUCCCCAGAGCUAGUGAUGCACCUCAUCAUAACACCUCACAUGUAUUUGUGACCUACUUUGUGCUAAGUGCUCGAGGUACAGAAACUCAUUUAAUCUCCAACCAAUGUAUAGACGAGGUAUGAUUAGGUGCAUUUUGCAUAUGAGGAAACUGGGGUUCAGAGAGGUUUGGUAACUUGGGUCAGUACUAACCUUAGCUAGCAAGUGGGAAAUCUUGGAAUCGACCCCAGCUCUUCUGGCUUCAAAGCUCCUAUGCAUGGUGCCAGGACGUAGAACCCAGUGCUCCCAUCUUCCUGCCCGGUGGCUCUUCACUGUUAUAGCAUCCAUCAUCCCCACCCCGUCUUUCCGUCUCCACCUUCUACUUAGGCUGGAUUCAGUCUCAAUUAUUUACCAAGCAACAGUGAAGAUGAUGCUAAAUGAUCAUCAUACACGUUUGUGUCUAGCCUAGUUCACUGCUCUCUCCCCAGCACCUAGAAUUGUGCCCAGCCCAUUAUUGGGUUGAUAAAUAUUUGUUGAAUAAAUGAAUACAUGAAUAUGUUUGUAUGCCUUUUGCAGACCCCUCUUCCCCCUCCACAGGCCCUCCACAGAGCCAGAGGAGCAGUAGCUAAAUCAGGAGAAGGAAUGCCCAGGGCUGAAAAUACUCUGGAUUGUCAAUUUUAAUCCUGUGGACAUUGGUAAUACCUGAGGAUGCAAAAUUUCCCCAAAACGGGCAGAAAAUUUUCCAUGAAUUGCUGCUAUAAAGCUGAAUUCCUCUCCCCACCCCAACAUUUUAUAAAGAGCAAGUGAGUUUUACAGCCUCUGGGUAUUGCCCAAUAGCGAUCUGGAAACAGGCUGCUCUUCCUUUGAAUGACUGAAUGCACGGUUGCGGCUCUGGUCUGCAAGGUGGAGAGUGUCCCACUUGGGAGAAGGGACAUUAUGAAUGCUGGACAUUUGAAGACAAUAUUUCUGAAGUGUACAACGUUUACAUUGUUAUAAAAAAAAUCCAAACAGUCCCAUGGAAGAAAUCUCUUCUCCCGAGUCCUUUACUGAGAAAAUGAUCCUGCAGACGAGGAAGCCACUUUUAUUUAGGUCAGAUUGGAAACCCACUAAAUUCCCCAGGUCUCUAACAGGAGAAAAAAACUAGUUAUAAUUGUUACCAGAAAGAAAAAAUGUUUUCUUUACCAGAAAUGGGCAGUGUCUGCCAGAGAAAUCAACUGAUUCUUGAUAUUAUCACAAAGCUAGGUACUUGAAGAGCUCUAUUAAAAUAUGACCGAGGCCCUCUGAUGAUCAGCUCAGUCCGUGGCAGAUAUCCACACUGAGGAAACUGCUACUGGGUGUGCAGGUGUGAUUGCUGUUCAAGUUCCCACACAGGUGCUGGGGCUGUGCUGCUACUGGCUUUCAUUGAUUGAAAUUUCACUUCAAAUAAAUUCUCCUUGGCAUUUUCAUUUUUGUAAAAAAAAAAAAAAGAAAUAAAGAAAUAAAGAAAAGAAAAAAACAACACUUGGAUGCCAGCCAGCCUUGCCCUGGGAGCAGGUAUUUCAUUUUCCUCCCGCUUCAUUCCUGAUCGGAGAUUAUUCAUUUAUGAAUGGGUGGCUGUAAAAACUUGCCUCAUGCAUAUGAAAAUUGUACCUGGAAAUUUUUAAUUGCCAUCAUGAUUCUGGAAGGAGGUGGUGUAAUGAAUCUCAACCCCGGCAACAACCUCCUUCACCAGCCGCCAGCCUGGACAGACAACUACUCCACGUGCAACGUUUCCAGCGGGUUUUUUGGAGGCCAGUGGCAUGAAAUUCAUCCUCAGUACUGGACCAAGUACCAGGUGUGGGAGUGGCUCCAGCACCUCCUGGACACCAACCAACUGGAUGCCAGUUGUAUCCCUUUCCAAGAGUUCGAUAUCAACGGCGAGCACCUCUGCAGCAUGAGUUUGCAGGAGUUCACCCGGGCAGCGGGGACGGCGGGGCAGCUCCUCUACAGCAACUUGCAGCAUCUGAAGUGGAACGGCCAGUGCAGUAGUGACCUGUUCCAGUCCACACACAAUGUCAUUGUCAAGACCGAACAAACCGACCCUUCCAUUAUGAACACCUGGAAAGAUGAGAACUAUUUAUAUGACACCAACUAUGGUAGCACAGUAGAUUUGUUGGACAGCAAAACUUUCUGCCGGGCUCAGAUCUCCAUGACAACCACCGGUCACCUUCCUAUUGCAGAGUCACCUGAGAUGAGAAAGGAGCAAGACCCCCCUGCCAAGUGCCACACCAAAAAGCACAACCCAAGAGGGACUCACUUGUGGGAAUUCAUCCGUGACAUCCUCUUGAAUCCAGACAAAAACCCAGGAUUAAUAAAAUGGGAAGACCGAUCUGAGGGCAUCUUCCGGUUCUUGAAAUCAGAGGCUGUGGCUCAGCUAUGGGGUAAAAAGAAGAAUAACAGCAGUAUGACCUAUGAAAAGCUCAGCCGAGCUAUGAGAUAUUACUACAAAAGAGAAAUUCUGGAGCGUGUGGAUGGACGAAGACUGGUAUAUAAAUUUGGGAAGAAUGCCCGAGGAUGGAGAGAAAAUGAAAACUGAAGCUGCCAAUACUUUGGACACAAACCAAAACACACACCAAAUAAUCACAAACGAACUCCUGGACGUAAAUAUUUCAAAGACUACUUUUCUCUGAUAUUUAUGUACCACGAGGGGAAAAAGAAACUACUUCUGAUGGGAAGAAGAAACACUACAGUUGAUUAAAAAUUAUUUUGUUACUUUGAAGUAUGUCCUAUAUGGGGAAAAAACGUACACAGUUUUCUGUGAACUAUGAUGCUGUAUGUGGUUGUAAUACGUUUUCACCUCUAUUGUGAAUUCUUUUUCACUGCAAGAGUAACAAGAUUUGUAGCCUUGUGUUUCUUGCUAAGAGAAAGAAAAAAAAAUCAGAGGGCAUUAAGUGUUUUGCAUGAGAGAUGAUUUAGAAAAAGGUGGUCAACCUCCACACAUAAGCAUCCACAUGGCUUCGUCAAGGGAGGUGAACGCGGUUGCUGGGUUGAAUUCUGGGGUCUCAGAUGGUUAGGACAAACUGGACGGAUGCUGGGAAAUUGAACGUGAGCCUCAGGAUGCAGUGAGUGGAGAAUGGGGACUUCAAAAAUACAAGGUUGGCUAUAAUCUCUGCAUAAUCACGUGACUUAGAAUGCUUAAAUCAGCAAGAAGAAUAAUGGUGGGGUUUUUAUACAUAUUCAAGAAUGAUUUACCUGAUGCCAGGGCUGUCCUCCUUCCCCCGCCCUUGGAUGAUUGGUGAAAUACUUUAAUUGUCCUGUCUGCUCACUUCUAGCUAUUAAAGAGAAAGAGACCAGCUUGGUUCUUUUUUGUUCCAAGUGAUUGAAAAUAAGUUGGCAAAAGGAGACAGUGGUAUGGAAAUGACUGAAGAGUUUACUCUUGUAUCCCUAUAGUCCAAAGUUUCUCAAUCCACACAAUGGACAUUUUUGGCUGGAGCAUUCUUCAUGGUGAAGACUUUCUUGUGCAUUGUAAGAUGUUCAUCAGUAUCCAUACAUGACCUCUAACCACUUGACACCAGAAACUCCCCAGCUGUGACAACCCAAAAGGUUUCCAGAUAUCACCAAAUGUUCCCUGGUGACAAAAUUGCCCUUGAUUGAGAACCACCAGGUUAGUCAGUGAACAUGAGGAUGGUGGUUUAUACUCAGAAGAAAAAUAUAUGUGAGGUCUUUUAGUCUUUUAGAAUGAAGCAAAAGCAAGACUUCAACCUCAACCUAUCUUCAUGUUUUAAAUGUUAGGGACCAAGAGGUACUUCUUUUCAGAACCCCCGAUGACAGCCAAUGUCAGAUUAGUAAUGUGUCAGAUAGUAAUGUGGCAGGAACUAUAAUAGAAGACAUUUUCACUGGAAUUACAAUGCAGAGUUAGAAUUAUUUUGUAGGAGGAAACACUAAGAGAAGAUUUUCCAGGGAAAAUCCUCUUUGCAGGUAUUAAUUCUUAUAAUUUCUUGUCUUUUGGAUUAUCUGUUUACUGUCUUCUGUGAACUGACUCCUGGUGAAUGGUUUGUUGCCUAGAUCUGUACUCAGAGGAAUGUUUUUUUGUUUGUUUGUUUGUUUGUUUGUUUUCCUAAGAAAAUAAAGAAAGGGUGAAAAGACAAGCAGAAAACUCAGCUCAGGCACUAUUGUCACCAACGAGUUGGAAGCUUCUUCUUCAAUAGAGGAAUUGUUCUGGGGGUCCUGGAGACUUAUCACUGAGCCAUGAAAUCUGGGAAGAACAUGAAUCAGUAGACACUUUGAAAAUGGAUUUGAAUGUUCUCAUACCUUUUGCAGCUUUUCUUUCUGGCUCUCUCAUGUCCUUGGCUUGCUCCUCCAUUCGACCUCCCUUUCUCCAGCAAUAAUAUGCAAAUGAAGACACAUAUCUACAAGAGGGAGUGCUCUUCGUCAACUAAUAGAGCACCUACCAUAGUGUCUUAGCCAGCAGAGGUGAGCAAUUCAUAUUCAAAGGUUGCAAGGUGUUUGUAAUAUAUUUAGAAGGCUAGAAGUAAGAAGAAUUAAAAAUUUGUCCUAAUUAUAAUGAGAACCAUUCUAGGUGGUGAUCUUGGAGCACCCAUGAAUAACCUUCUGAAGGUGCAACCAAAUCCAUUGUUAUUUCUGCCUGGCUUGGUCUUUUCUGCAAAGUUUUAACUUGGUGUUGUCAAAUAACAGUUCCUGCAAUAGCUGAGAAAAAGAACAAUGAACAGCAAAGAUCUUGACUCUGCAACUCAGACAUUCCUGCAGAAAAGACGUAUCUUGCUUUCCAAGCAAGGGCAAAGAACUAUGGGGUCUUCUCAGCAUUUGACUGUUCAUUACAUAGAAUAAAUUAAAUAUCCAGUUACUUGAAUGGGUAUAACACAUGAAUACUUGUGUGUAUGUGUGCGUCUGAGUUGUGUAAUGUUAUUAGGGGCAUCUGCCAAUUCUCUCUCUGUGGUUUUCUCUGGCUUUGCCUGCUCAUCAUCUAAGGAGGCUAGAUCCUUCUCUGAGUUCACCCUUCCUUAAACCUGUAAGUUUCUUACUUCUUCCAAAUUGGCUUUGGCUCUUUCUUCAACCUUUCCAUUCAAGAGCAAUCUUUGCUAAGGAGUAAGUGAAUGUGGGUGUACCAAAUACAACUAUUCUACGGAUAAUUAGCAGAUAGUGUUGUUUGUUGAGAGUGAAGGUUUCUUGACACCUGGUGCCUGAUUAAGGCCAGAGUAUUAAGUUCUCAGCAUAUCUCUCUAUUGUCUUGGCUUGAGUUUGCAGCAUUUUCUCUGUGGUGUUUGUGACUUGGAGAACUUAAAGUAAUUGAGCUAUGCCAACUUGAGGUGUGAACAGAGUACCUCCCACCACAGUGUUGAAAGGGAGAGCAAAGUCCCAUGGAUAAGCCUUCCUUUCUUUUGGGGACACACAGCUCUCACUUGAGAAGCUCACCUGUGCUGAAAGUCCACAUGGCCCCUAAAUAUGUUAUCCUUAAACUCCCUUUAUGCUUGAGUUUAAAGGGCUCUCUCUUAUUAGGUUUUGAUGGGAACUGGAGGCACCAAAUCUAUUGCUAAGACCUUACUAGGCUCAAAUCAUCUGAGGCUGCUAGAUAUUUGACCUGGUGAGACUUAAACAAGGCCCUGGCUCCCAGGGACAUAAGCAACAGUUUCUUGAAUGUGCCAUCUAAGAAGGGCAGACCCAGGUUGAGUUUUCCUUUGAACACAUUGGUCUUUUCUCAAAGUUCCUGCCUUGCUAGACUGUUAGCUCUUUGAGGACAGGGACUAUGUCUUAUCAAUCACUAUUAUUUUUCUGUUACCUAGCAUGAGACAAGUACACAACACAUAUUUGUUCAAUGAAUGAAUGAAUGUCUCCUGAAAGACUCCUCUGAUUGGGAGACCAUAUCUAUAACUGGGAUGUGAAUCAUUUCUUCAAUGGAAUGAGAGCACAACGGCACAACCUUCAAGGACAUAUUAUCUACUAUGAACAUUUUACUGUGAGACUCUUUAUUUUGCCUUCUACUUGCGCUGAAAUGAAACCAAAACAGGCCUUUGGGUUAUAAGUCAACAUAAGUUGGAUGCGAAUUCUGUUGCCUUAUUUGGAACUGUGAGACUUAUCUGGUAUGAGAAGCCAGUAAUGAACCUUUGACCUGUUUUAACAAAUGAAGAUUAUGAAUGUGUUAAUGUGAUGUAAAUUGCUAUUUAAGUGUAAAGCAGUACUAAGUUUUAGUAUUUGGGGAUUGGUUUUUAUUAUUUUUUUUCUUUUUGAAAAAUACUGAGGGAUCUUUUGAUAAAGUUAGUAAUGCACGUUAGAUUUUAGUUUUGCAAGCAUGUUAUUUUCCAAAUGUAUCAAGUAUAGAAAAAGGUAAACAGUUAAGAGGGAAGGCAAUUAUAUUAUUAUUCUGUAGUUAAGCAAACAUUUGCUGAGUGCCUACUAUGUGCAUGGCAUGGGCCCAUAUGUGUGAGGAGCUUGUCUAAUUACGUAGGAUGCAAUAGAUCUCAGUAGUUACUUAUUGAGCAGAUACUUACUGUAUGAAUGAAAGAACAUCACAGCAAUCACAAUAUCAGAGUUGAAUUAUCCUCAGUGUUGCUUCUCUGAAUUCAUUUCUGGAACUAGAGAUAGAGCAUUUGUAAAAAAACUCCUGCUGAGACUGUGUCUUAUGAACCUCUGAAAUGUACAAGCCUUCACAAGUUUAACUCAAUUGGGAUUAAUCUUUCUGUAGCUAUCUGCAUAAUUCUUGUUUUUCUUCCCGUCUAGUUCCUGGGUUGACAAUUUGUGGGAAACAACUCUACUGCUGCUAUUUAAAAAAAAUCAGAAAUCUUUCCCUUUAAGCUAUAUUAAAUUCAGACUAUUCCUGUUUUAUGAAACAAUUAUAUUUUUCAAAAUAUGUUUGUUUAAUGGGUCCCAGGAAACACUAAUAAAAACCACAGACACCA